AUGAUUUGGAAGGCAGAGAAAAAUGGGUGUUACUCAGUUAGAAGCGCCUAUCGUACUUGUAUUGAAGAUAUCAUAAACAAUGAACAUCUGCGUAAACCUAGGUAUUGGAGCGGCAUAUGGAGAUUGAAAGUGCCCCCUAAGGUUAAGAAUUUAGUUUGGAGAAUCUGCAGAGACUGUUUUCCAACAAGGGUGAAGUUGCGAAGCAGGGGUGUUAAUUGUCCAUCGGGUUGUGUUAGGUGCGAAGACCCUCAUGAAGAUAGCUACCACAUUCUCUUUCAUUGCCCAAGUGCAGUAGUUACUUGGCAGACAGCUAAUUUGUGGCAUCUAAUCUCUCCAUCACUAAACCAAUUUGACAAUGCCCCCGAUAAUAUUUUCAAUUUAUUGCAAAAGUUGUCAGCAGCCCAAAUUGAGAUCAGUGUCACUAUCAUGUGGAGCAUCUGGAAAGCAAGAAAUCUCAAGUUAUGGCAGCAAGUGACUGAUUCAAACUUUACCAUUCUAGAAAGAGCUAGGCAUCUUCUUGAAGGGUGGAGGAAUGCAAGUCGCAAGCAAGUACACCUAAACCCAACAACUUCAGACUCUGGCUCAAGUUCUGCAAGUCAAUAUCAAUGCCAAUCCCAAAUGGAAAAAAUCAUGUGUUACACUCCGUCCUGCUCUGUUGAUUUAGGGGAGGCUCUGGCUUUAAAUCAUGCGAUUCAGUGGAUUCAUGAACUUCAACUCUCAAAUGUUGAUUUCGAGGUUGACUCAAAAAGAGUAGCUGAUUAUUUCAACAAAGGUCGUGGAGAUGUCACCGAGUUUGGAUCCAUUAUGGAUAAUAGUUUAAAUUUCUGUAAUGAUUACUUAACAAACUCUCAUGUCGAGUUUAUUAGGAGGCAAGAAAAUGAGGUUGCUCAUACCUUUUAG